GUAAAUCUGCCAUCCUCCAGCGCCAAUCAGAGCACCCCUUAACUCUGCGGAUAUGGAUCUUUGUCCAGGCACUUGGCCUUUGCCCACCCUCAAGUUUAAGACCCACCUCCAUGGCUCUCACUCCAAUCUCGUCCAUUGCGUCCGAACGACCAGAGCCAGAAAUGGCCCUCCUGCGCAUUUCUGUGGCAUGCCUCAAAAUGGCCUGGCUUUCCUUCUCUCGGCGUCCUCUGAAUCGACGUCCUCCUGACUCCCUUCUGUUCUUGACCUAUCGUCCUACCUAAGACGGCUGCUUCCCCUCCUCUCCGUUCUGUUCUCCAUACUCCUUCAUCCCCCGUGCCUUUUCAUCGACGCAAGAGCCGGCGAGCCGACUAAAUGUCGCGCCCUGCCGCAGACGAUUCCUGGUCUGAUGAUGGGGAUAUUACCGGCACGGACUUUAACAACUCGUCGACAUACCGAACGGACCUGAACGAUACCCAGGAUACUUCAGAGUGUGAUUCGGAUGCAGGAUUUGACGCAAGCCCCACCGGCCCAACAUGGUUACUCGAAGGCAAUGAGCAUCCCCUGGAGUACUACAAACAGCUGCUCAAGAACUUUGACGACUCUGAGUAUACCAAGGAGGGCUACAGUAAUGGAACUACCCUCCUCCUCGACCGGUCCGAAGCGCAGUGGUACCAUCUGACCUAGACGAUGUUCCUGUUUUUCGCAAAGCUAUUAAAAUAUUAAAGGGAUGGGAGAUAUCCCCGGAUAAGCCGUAGAGUACUCGACCGUUCGGUAUGCAAUGAAAAAGGUUGGCGAGCUUACUAGGUUUAAGCUACCUCUACGUUUAUAUGCGCUCCGAUACCGCGCUGGAAAGGCUUUCAAUGAAAACAGCAACGUCAGCGAGGAGCUGCAGAACUUGAUGAUACAGUACGGUGAUGCGCGGACGUUCUUGAGACACUACCUCCAUCGACGAGUAACAGUGGACGUUGCUGUAAUCAUGCGGCGACUUCUCACGCCAAUCUGCACCACACACUACGGCAGUAGAAGGA